UGUACAAAACCAUGAUAUUUUUUCUUAUGUGGCAGAAAUGGGCUUCCAUACUUUUGCCUCUCACAGUCAUAUUCAGCAUCACUGAGAUAUGUGUGUGUGUGUGUGUGUGUAUCGUGCGUCAGACGCGUUAGAGUGUAAGGAACGCUGGUUAUCAGCAGGUGUGUGUGUGUGUGUGUGUGGUAAUUGUUUCUGAAGGGGCGUCUGCUGGUUGAUCAGGACGGGUAACUUCAGCUCACACCCUGAGAAACAGAAAACACACACACACACACACCUGCCACAUAUGCAUAACAACACGCCUGCAGCGCACUCACUUUCACACGCAAACACGAAUGUUUUCUAAACCCGAGGUGUGAAACCGUGAAUCAGGCGAAGGGUUCUGUUGGUGAGCUUCACACUGAACGAGCCUGAACUCUUGAUCCCACAGAACUUCAACAGCGCUGACAUCAUGAGCACACAGACCAAAUCUGGGAGGAGAACCGUCCUACAAGACAACAGCUGGAUCAAACGAAAAGCAGAAGAGGACGAACCCAUCGAUGAUGAUCCGAACUUCGGUAAAGUCGUUCUGUCUCAGCAGAAAUCAGUGGAUGAUGUCAGCAGCAAGUCAGUGGAGGCCGAAAAAACCCCGGUGAACUCUGGGACGACCUUCAGCUCCUUCAGCAAGAGCCCCACAUCGGUGAACAAGAGCAUCUCCGCGGUCGUCCCGCCACCGGCUCCGGCUCCUAAACCUCCGGUCCCUGCCAAGAAUCCGGUGCUCAAGACUCCCAACACAUCCAGCUUCACCGCACGCGUCUUCUCUGGCGCAAACACCAGCAGCAAAACAUUGAGCCCUGUUAAACCAUCGUUCGGUGAGAAGUUUCCAGAUCUCACAGUGUCUCAAUCUACCAAUGGCGCUGUGAAGAGUUCCUCCGUCUCCAGUCCCGUGAAGAGCUCGACCCGGAGUGAAAGCGUGUCUGUGUCUACACUGAAGUCCUCGACACCGUCUCAAUCUCAGAGUGAAAGCGUGUCUGUGUCUACACUGAAGUCCUCGACACCGUCUCAGUCUCAGAGUGAAAGCGUGUCUGUGUCUACACUGAAGUCCUCGACACCGUCUCAGUCUCAGAGUGAAAGCGUGUCUGUGUCUACACUGAAGUCCUCGACACCGUCUCAGUCUCAGAGUGAAAGCGUGUCUGUGUCUACACUGAAGUCCUCGACACCGUCUCAGUCUCAGAGUGAAAGCGUGUCUGUGUCUACACUGAAGUCCUCGACACCGUCUCAGUCUCAGAGUGAAAGCGUGUCUGUGUCUACACUGAAGUCCUCGACACCGUCUCAGUCUCAGAGUGAAAGCGUGUCUGUGUCUACACUGAAGUCCUCGACACCGUCUCAGUCUCAGAGUGAAAGCGUGUCUGUGUCUACACUGAAGUCCUUGACACCGUCUCAGUCUCAGAGUGAAAGCGUGUCUGUGUCUACACUGAAGUCCUUGACACCGUCUCAGUCUCAGAGUGAAAGCGUGUCUGUGUCUACACUGAAGUCCUCGACACCGUCUCAGUCUCAGAGUGAAAGCGUGUCUGUGUCUACACUGAAGUCCUUGACACCGUCUCAGUCUCAGAGUGAAAGCGUGUCUGUGUCUACACUGAAGUCCUCGACACCGUCUCAGUCUCAGACGACCGUCAUGAACACUAAAACAUCUUCAGCAAUGGAGGAGAGUCUGAGCUGGAGACCGGCAGAGAAACCCUCAGCGAGGUAUUCUCCGUCAGCCGUGAGCCUGAACACACACUCCAGCUUUCAGACUGCCAGCGCUCCGCUGGAUGGUCUCGCUGACUCUCUACUGCCUGGAAGAGUGCAGUCGCAGCCUGUCAGAUCACAAACGCAGGUCAGGACUGUUAGCACUGAGAUUCCCGCUGCAUCGCCGACCCUACGCUCGCCUCUACAGACACUGCAGUCCUCCAGCAGGGUCAUCAGUCGCGACGCCUGUACGGUCUGUGGGAAGCCCAUCGCUGGAGACGGGAAGAUGAUCUUAGAGGAGCUGAACAUCAUCAGCCACACGUCCUGCUUCAGGUGUGCGGUGUGUCGCCGUGAUCUCGGGGGUCUGGAGGCAGGGAAGUCUCUCUGGGUUCAUCGGGAGCGAGUCCACUGCUCAAACUGCUUCAGUGACAUCAGAGGUCAGUGGUAUAUUUGAGAUGAUGUCGAUCACGAGGAGAGAUAAUAAUUCAACAGCAGAAUAUUACAGCGGAUUAAGAGGGUGUGUGUAGGAGUGUCAUAAGGAUAAUGAGACAUUAAAUUAUAUUCAUGCAGAAACUGUUUACAGCAUAUUGUAAUGAUGAUUAGUUUUAAUAAUUCAUGAGGAUAUAUAUCUGUUCUCUUUAUAUCAAUAAGAGUAAUUUACAUUAAUGUUAUGAACGUCAACUGUACACAUGAUAUGCACAUAAUAAAACUAUAUUCUGAUUCUGA